GCUGAACUCUAGCGUGUGUGCAGACGCGGUUAUGACGGGACUGAAAGUGAGACGGAGCCCAGUUUCUUUCAGUCUGUUCAUCUCUAAACCUUUUUUCUGCCAGUGAUCUUGUCCUCUGGCAACUAUAAGUGUGGCCAGUCAUGUCUCCUCCUUGUCUCACAGGAGCCCUGCGCUCCUUCUCUACCGUCAGCAAACAGGAGGAUUUCACACAAGAUGUCUAUGAUUUAAAGAGCAAGCGGCUAAAACGACAGGAAAUAUUUUCCCGAGAAGGUCUGACAUGGCAGAAGAUCGUUCAUUUCUUAACCCAGCACCUGGAGAAGAGAGAUCAGCCAAUGGCCACGCAGGAACUGAAGAAUAUCCUUCAAGCUGCCAAACAGAUUGUUGGUACAGAUUUUGGACAGGACACCAUUGAAAGUGCUGGAGUCUUCUUGUUUAAAACAUUCCACAACAAGGAGCAGGUUGGCCAUGAGGAGACCAGGGCCAUAAAACAGAUGUUUGGACCUUUUCCGGCCUCUGCUGCUGAGUUGGCUUGUGCCGCUGUUGGCCGUUUAGUUGCCCAGAUUGGAGAAUGUCAUGUGGAGACUUUCAUCCAAACAAAUAGUUCCCUCAAGAGUGUCGACCGCAGUGCCGUUUUUGGGCGGAACAUCGUUUUCUCAUUUGACACAUAUGUGCUGGAUGUUCAGGACACUGUGCCAUGGACAGAGGGAUCAGAUAUGGAUGUAGGCAUGAACUUCCACAACUUCAUAAAUCAUGUGGGUGAGCGGAGGGCUGGGUCUGAGCGAGACGAUGCUUACUCAGUGGGAGAACUGGUGCAGAGAGAAACAGCCAGCUCCAUUCUGAGACAGGAGGUGGAAAAAUACCUGAAUGAGGGUAACAUGGUGUCAUCCAGUGUCGAAGAGCUUUCCACGUCUCUCUUUGAGAUGCUGGCCUCUACCAAGAGUGAUGACGAACUACAGAAUGAGAUGUUUGAGUUUCUUGGUCCUGAAGGCUUUGAGAUGAUCUCUGUGCUCCUCCAGAGAAGGUCAGAUAUUGUGGACUCUCUGGUGUCUGUGCCAUCAGACAGCAGACCUCACUACACAUCAGGCAAGAACAAAGGGAUUGCUGAGUCCACCAAGCCCAUGUACGGCUGCCAGGUGACCAUUCAGUCCGAGAUGGAAAAACAGAUAAUGAAGAUUUACAGAAAAGAGAAGAAAGAGAGAAAACGAGAGAAACGCGGAGAUGAAGGGGAGUCCUGGGAGAGCACUUUUCAUUUGGACCCUGUGGAGCUGAGACUGCAGAGAGAGCAGGCCUUGCUGAAUGCACGCAGUUCCCCAGUGUUAGUCCGUCACAGAGAAUACGAACGCAUCUGCUACCCUCACGUUUAUGACUCUCAUGCUGAAGCCGUCAAGACUUCUGCAUUCAUCGGAGGAUCCAAGAUGCUGCUGCCAGAGGGGAUCAAAAGAGAAAAUAACAAGAUGUAUGAAGAGGUUGAGAUCCCCCCCAACGUGCCCAUGCCUAUUGGGUUUGAGGAGAAACCAAUGUACAUCUCGGAGCUGGACGAGAUCGGCCAGUUGGUAUUCAAGGGCAUGAAGAGUUUAAACAGAAUCCAGUCUAUAGUGUUUGAGACGGCUUAUAACACUAAUGAGAACCUGCUCAUCUGUGCUCCCACUGGUGCCGGCAAAACCAACAUCGCCAUGCUAACCAUCCUGCACGAGAUCCGCCAACAUCUGCAGCCCGGGGGUGUUAUCCGCAAGGACCAGUUCAAGAUAGUAUAUGUGGCUCCGAUGAAGGCCCUGGCUGCUGAGAUGACUAAUUACUUCAGUAAGCGAUUGGAGCCGCUGGGCAUUGCUGUCAAAGAGCUGACGGGAGACAUGCAGCUGACCAAAGGAGAAAUCCUUCGAACUCAGAUGCUGGUGACGACUCCAGAGAAGUGGGACGUGGUGACCAGGAAAAGUGUGGGUGACGUGGCUCUGUCCCAGAUCGUCCGACUGCUCAUACUAGAUGAAGUCCAUCUUCUCCAUGAGGAUAGAGGGCCUGUUCUCGAGAGCCUGGUGGCCAGGACACUGCGUCAGGUUGAAUCGACUCAGAGUAUGAUACGCAUACUGGGGCUCUCUGCAACUCUCCCGAAUUACCUGGAUGUGGCAUCUUUCUUGCAUGUGAACCCUUACAUUGGACUCUUCUACUUUGACAGUCGUUUCCGUCCUGUUCCUCUCGGCCAGAGCUUUGUAGGCAUUAAGGCAACAAAUAAGAUCCAGCAACUUCAUGACAUGGAGGAAGUGUGUUACAACAAAGUCCUGGAUCAGAUCAAAGCAGGACACCAGGUGAUGGUGUUUGUGCACGCCCGCAACUCGACCGUACGCACGGCCAUGAGUCUGAUCGAGAUGGCCAAGAACCGAGGAGAGGUGUCUUUCUUCCAGGUGGACCAGGGGCCGGACUACGGCCAGUGUGAGAAACAGGUACAGCGCUCCAGAAACAAGCAGAUGAGGGAGAUGUUUCCCGAUGGCUUCGGGAUCCAUCAUGCCGGGAUGUUACGGCAGGACCGCACGCUGAUGGAGAACAUGUUCUCCAGAGGGUACCUGAAGGUUCUGGUGUGCACAGCCACGCUGGCCUGGGGUGUUAACCUGCCCGCUCAUGCGGUCAUCAUCAAGGGCACUAAUAUUUACGACGCCAAGCGUGGCGCGCUGGUGGAUCUGGGCAUCCUGGACGUCAUGCAGAUUUUCGGCCGUGCCGGGCGGCCGCAGUUCGAUAAGUACGGUGAGGGAACCAUCAUCACGACUCAUGAGAAGCUGAGCCAUUACCUGACACUCCUGACCCAGCAGAACCCCAUCGAGAGUCAGUUCCUGCAGAGCCUCGCUGACAACCUCAGUGCUGAGAUAGCGCUAGGGACGGUCACUAAUGUGGAUGAAGCUGUAAGAUGGAUGAGUUACACGUACCUGUAUGUCCGGAUGAGAGCCAAUCCGCUUGCUUACGGGAUCAGCCACAAGGCCUAUCAGAUGGACCCUCAGUUAGAGCUCUACAGGAGAGAUUUGGUGCUGGAGUCUGGCAGGAAGCUGGACAAGGCUCGGAUGAUUCGUUUCGACGAGAGGACCGGUUAUUUCGCCUCCACAGACCUUGGCAGGACGGCCAGUCACUACUACAUCAAGUACAACACCAUUGAGACGUUCAAUGAGUUUUUUAACUCACAAAACACUGAAGCAGAUAUUCUGAGCAUCACUUCAAAGGCUGAAGAAUUUGAGCAGAUAAAGGUUCGAGACGAGGAGAUGGAGGAACUCGAGCAGAUGUUGUGCAAUUUCUGUGAGCUUCCGGCAGCCGGAGGGGUGGAGAACGGCUACGGCAAGAUCAACAUCCUUCUCCAGACGUACAUCGGGCGCGGAGAGGUGGACAGCUUCUCCCUCAUAUCUGAUCUGUCCUAUGUAGCACAGAAUGCAGCUCGUAUUGUGCGGGCUCUCUUUGAGAUAGCUCUCAGAAAGCGCUGGCCGGCCAUGACCUACCGUCUGCUCAACCUGUGUAAAGUGAUUGACAAGCGUCUGUGGGGUUGGGCCCACCCGCUGAGACAGUUCAGCAUGCUGCCCCCUUCCGUUCUCACCAGACUGGAGGACAGGAAUCUUACCGUAGACAAACUCAGAGACAUGGGCAAGGAUGAGAUCGGUCACAUGUUACACCACGUGAACAUCGGGCUGAAGGUGAAACAGUGUGUUCAUCAGAUUCCCGCCAUCCUGAUGGAGUCGAGCAUUCAACCAAUCACGCGCACUGUCCUGCGCGUAUGCCUCAGCAUCACCCCGGACUUCAGGUGGAAUGACCAGGUCCAUGGUUCAGUAGGAGAGCCGUGGUGGCUGUGGGUGGAAGACCCCAUUAAUGAUCACAUCUACCACUCGGAAUACUUCCUCCUGCAAAAGAAACAGGUGGUGAGUGGAGAGCCCCAGCAGGUGGUCUUCACAAUACCCAUCUUUGAGCCCAUGCCGUCUCAGUAUUACAUCAGGGCCGUGUCUGAUCGCUGGCUGGGCUCUGAAGCCGUCUGUAUCAUCAACUUCCAGCAUCUGAUACUGCCCGAGAGACACCCGCCACACACAGAGCUCUUGGACCUUCAGCCAUUGCCUGUGACCGCUUUGGGAAACAGGGAGUAUGAGAGUUUGUACCAGUUCACCCAUUAUAAUCCCAUUCAGACCCAGAUCUUCCACACUCUCUAUCACACCGACACCAACGUCCUGCUGGGUGCCCCCACCGGCUCCGGCAAAACCAUCGCCGCAGAGAUGGCCAUGUUCAGGGUCUUCAACCAGUACCCCACCGCCAAGGUGGUCUACAUUGCUCCUCUCAAAGCUCUGGUCAGAGAAAGGAUUCAAGACUGGAAGAUCAGAAUAGAGCAGAAACUUGGGAAGAAGGUGGUUGAGUUAACAGGUGACGUCACUCCCGACAUGAGGGCCAUAGCACAGGCUGACCUGAUCGUCACCACUCCAGAGAAAUGGGAUGGAGUCAGUCGCAGCUGGCAGAACCGCAGCUACGUGCAGAAAGUGGCUAUUCUCAUUAUAGACGAGAUCCAUCUUCUGGGUGAGGACAGGGGGCCGGUUCUAGAGGUUAUUGUGUCCAGGACUAACUUCAUCUCAUCCCACACCUCCAAGUCAGUGCGGGUUGUGGGACUGUCCACUGCGCUGGCCAAUGCACGGGAUUUAGCCGACUGGCUGAACAUCGGACAGGUAGGACUGUUUAAUUUCCGGCCCUCUGUUCGUCCCGUCCCGUUGGAGGUGCAUAUCCACGGCUUCCCGGGGCAACAUUACUGUCCCCGUAUGGCCACUAUGAACAAGCCUGUGUUUCAGGCCAUCCGCACGCACUCUCCCGUCAAACCUGUCCUGAUAUUUGUGUCGUCACGCCGGCAAACGCGGCUCACAGCUCUGGACCUCAUUGCGUUCCUCGCCACAGAAGACGACCCCAAGCAGUGGCUGCACCAGGAUGAGAGAGAGAUGACAGAUAUAAUUGCCACCAUAAGAGAUUCCAACCUGAAGCUCACGCUGGCGUUUGGGAUCGGGAUGCAUCAUGCGGGACUUCACGAAAGAGACCGCAAGACUGUGGAAGAGCUGUUUGUCAACUGUAAGAUCCAGGUGUUAAUUGCCACGAGCACACUAGCGUGGGGCGUCAACUUCCCCGCCCACCUGGUGAUCGUGAAGGGCACAGAGUAUUAUGAUGGAAAGACACGGCGCUACGUGGAUUACCCCAUCACAGAUGUUCUUCAGAUGAUGGGUCGAGCAGGACGGCCACAGUUCGAUGACCAGGGCAAAGCCGUUAUCUUUGUGCACGACAUCAAGAAGGACUUCUAUAAGAAGUUUCUGUACGAGCCCUUCCCUGUGGAGUCUAGUCUUCUGAGCGUGCUCUCCGACCACCUGAAUGCAGAAAUUGCAGCAGGCACCGUCACCUCCAAGCAGGAUGCCAUGGAUUACAUCACUUGGACGUACUUUUUCCGCAGGCUGGUCAUGAACCCCAGCUACUAUGAUUUGGAUGACCUCAGUCAUGAAACCAUUAACAAAUACCUUUCAAACCUGGUGGAGAGAAGUCUGAGAGACCUGGAAUGUUCCUUCUGCAUGGAAAUACAGGAGGACGAGUGCACCAUUGAGUCACUGACGUACGGCCGCAUUUCAUCCUACUAUUACCUGAAACACCAGACCAUGCGCACGUUUAAAGAGAGACUGAAGCCAGAUCUGCCCAUCCAAGAGCUGCUGGGCAUCCUGUCGGAUGCGGAGGAGUACGCCGAACUCCCUGUUCGUCACAACGAGGACCAACUGAACAGCGAGUUGGCCCGGCAGCUCCCUUUGCAGGUCAACCCUCACUCAUACGACAGCGCCCACACCAAAACCCACCUGCUCCUGCAGGCCCACUUCAGUCGAGCACAGCUGCCAUGUAGCGACUACGGAUCGGACACCAAAACCGUGCUGGACAACGUUAUCCGCAUCUGCCAGGCUAUGUUGGAUGUAGUUGCUAAUGAAGGCUGGCUGGCAUCUGUACUGAGCAUCUGCAACCUCGUACAGAUGAUCGUUCAGGCCAGAUGGCUGCAAGAUUCCUCUUUGCUCACACUUCCCCACAUCGAGAAACAGGAUCUCUAUGUCUUCAGGAGGUGGAGCUCCAAAGGUACAAGAGGCGGACAUGGAUAUGGAGGCCCAGUCGAGACGCUUCCUGAGCUAAUGGCCGCCUGCGAUGGAAAAGAGGACAACUUCACAAUGAUGGUGAGGGAGGUGCUUCAGCCCAAUCAGAUCGCUCAGGCGUGGGGUUAUCUGAGUCACCUGCCUGUCGUGGAGGUCGCUAUGAGCGUCAAGGGCUGGUGGGAGGGGUGCAAGGAGCAAACUGAGCGAUCUCUUCCAGCUAACGUCACCAACAUCAGGGAUGAGGCCAGUUGGCUACAGCUCCAUGCAAAUCAGGAGUAUGUCCUACAGGUGUCAAUGCGCCGCCUAAACAUGGGCCAGCAAAGAAGAAAGCAGGACAGCAAGGCUCAGGCACCGCGCUUUCCAAAACCUAAAGAUGAAGGCUGGUUUGUCAUUCUCGGGGAAGUGGAGAAAAAAGAAGUGCUGGCCUUCAAACGUGUGGGAUAUGUACGCAGCCGCAGCACCGUGUCUGUGGCCUUCUAUACACCAGAGAAGAUGGGAAAGUGUAUCUACACAUUGUACCUGAUGAGUGACAGUUACCUGGGCCUAGACCAGCAGUAUGACAUCCACCUGAACGUCAUUCCAGCCAGCGUUUCUGCACAGGUCAAUACUGAGAUAUCAGAGGGUGUGGGUGAAAUGGCCCUGCAGUGACCACAUGCUGAUGGAUUAAUACGGAACCUUGUUUUGGACAGAUGAUUGAAGAUUUUUUUUUUGUGCAAAUUUCUUGAAUUUUCUUUUGGGAAUUGCUAAAGGAAAGUACAAAUUUUGUUUUAGGCCUAGGGUGUUUUUUGUAUUUCUUUCUCAGUUACAACAUUGGCAUGAUUGCCCAUCUGGCCCAAAUAAUCUAUUGAUCUGUUAAUGUCAUAACUAAGGCUUGAAAAUCCAAGAUCAGAUGGUUGUGUAAACGAGUUGUGCUGGAUGUGUGUGUGCGUGCGUGCUUGUGUGUGAGAGACAUGAAGUGGAUUUGAGCUGGAGCUGCGCAGUGCUGCAGAUGUGAGAAGACUUCUGUUCUUAUUCUACAUUUUUACAUCACCCCUGAUGCCUAAUGAGACAGUUUACCAAAGAUUUCUUCUUAUUUCUUCAGUAAUGUUCUGUACUAUUAAUAACUGUCAAAAUAAAAUAAAAUAAAAUAAAUGCAGUAAAAUCAUUUCUUUUCUGCCCUC